CACCUAUAAAUAAGAGCAUCGUCUCCCUCAUCGUCAGUCUGCUGCUCCCUACCGUAGAGGAAACAACUCCCGAGAUGAUGUCUUCCAGUGUGGUGGUGAUGAUCGUGGUGGUGGUGUUGACUGUGGUGGCGGCGGUGGUGGCUGAGCCCAGCUACCCUAAACCACAACCCUGCUACCCCAAGACCGAGUACGUCACCCACUACCAGACGCAGUACCAACAGGUGCCAGUGUACACAACUGUCUACAAACAGCAGAUCGUCCCCACCACCCUCUACAAAACCCAGUACCAAACUCACUACCAGACCAAGUACCAGACCAAAUACGUUCCCGAAUACGUUACCGAGACCGUCUACAAGACCGAGGUUCAGUACGUGACUCAGGUCAAGACCCAAUACCAGACCCAAUACCAAACCCAAUACGUCACCACAACCCAGUAUGUCCCUCAGUACAUUACUGAGACCCAAUACAAGACCCAUUAUGUGACCCAGACCCAGUACCAGACCGUGUACAAGACCCAGUACACGCCCAAGUACGUUACCACGACCCAAGUACAAUACCAGACCCAGUACCAGACCCAAGUGGUCCCUCAGUACGUGACGGUCACCGAAACCCAGCAGACCUACAAGACCGUCUGUCCCAAGCCUUCUUAUGGUCACUGAAGAUGAAGACAACAACAACUCUCACCAAGUCACCUCAUCUAUGUUCAUACUCUCUCCUCAACAGCUACUGUGACGAAAAAGAAGUUACCAGUUAAUUACUCUACACACGAGGCCUAUAACCCACUUGUGAUAAAUAACUGAUAACUCGAGUGAUAUUUUUAUACGAGUUUGAAAAAGAUUAGGUAAUAAAUGUUAAAAAUUAU